AUGGGAACAACUCAAGUUAAGGCUGGAAGCCCCACGAUCUACGACCUGAAAUACUUGUCUCUACUUGUGGUAAACAUCAGUGAUUCUAACCUCUCCUCUGUAGAAUCCAACUUAAGUAUCCAGAUGGAAGCUCCAAAGCUGCUGCCGCCUCAGAACAGGUCGUUUGUACCUACGGUUCAGCUGCCUGUGGAUGCCCUGCGCACCAUCCCAGAGGAGAAGAGGAUCAUUGGCUUGGUCAGCUACAUGCACCACAGUCAGUUCAAAUGUCUUGCGUGUCCAUCACUGUACAACUCACAGUAUUCCUUUGGUCAGCUUAACCAGGAGGAGAUUUCAUCAAUGGUUAUCAGAAUAGAGCUACUAGGGGAAAGGCAUCUCUAUAAUCUGAAUACGCCAAUCAAGAUGAAUUUCCCUACGCAAACAACUGGGACCAACACUUCGAAGUUACUGUGCCACUAUUUGGAUGAGCAUGAUUGGGACUGGAGAACAGAUGGAUGUGAGACUGACAACAGUACCCAUAACGACCAAAAUGACAUUAUUUGCAGCUGCAACCAUACAACACCUUUUGCCGUCUUACUGAUUAGGGAACCAAUUGGAAAAAUCCACUGGGAAAUACUGUCAUACAUCAGUUACAUUGGCUGCGGCCUGUCAGCUUUCUUCACUGCUUUGUCCAUGGUCAUCUACGUAUUCCACAGAAACUGCACAAAAGACUACUCCACAUCUAUCCAUAUAUCUCUGAGUGGGGCCUUGCUUUUGCUCAAUACAACCUUUCUUCUGACUGAGUGGGGGACCCAAGUGAAGCCAGGCUGGAUUUGCAUCUUUGUUGCAGCGCUCAUGCAUUACUCCUUGCUCUGCUGUUUCACCUGGAUGGCCAUAGAAGCACUUCACCUCUAUCUACUGUUCCUCAAGGUGUUUAACACCCUCUACAGACACUACCUGCUCAAACUGUCUCUUGCUGGAUGGGGGAUUCCUGGCUUAAUCGUGUCAGUCUUUUUGGGAGUUAACGACUACAAACAGUUUUAUGGAGUUACAAGUAUGACCAUGGCUGAUACUAACCAAACUACCUCUAUCUGCUGGAUCACAGACAACGCCUUCUUCUACUCGUUGAACCUGGUAUAUUUCACCAUUAUAUUUAUCUUCAACUCUGCCAUAUUUGUGGCAGUGGCCUCUAGUAUCUGUAAGAUGAGACGAGCAUUAGAGACUAACUCAAACCUUGGCGUAAAGACUGGGGAGAAGUCUUGGAAAGACCCAGAAAGGUGCAGUUCAUUCUGCAAGAGUGGCCUCACUGUGUUGGGUCUUACCUGUCUGAUGGGGACCACCUGGGGCCUGGCCUUCCUGGGCUCUGGAUAUGUCAACUACCCCAUCCUCUACCUUUUCUGCAUCCUUAACUCACUGCAAGGUCUGCAAUCAACUUAG